CCAGAGCGGGUCCAGGACUGGAUUCUCUCUAUCCCUUCCCCGAUGUCCACACGUUUGGUGCAAGAAAUGGAGGGCUUGGUGGGAGGAGAUCAAGAGGGGCCAAGGGUUAAGAAUGGGUACCAGUUGGUAUCUCCUAGGAGGUGGGCGAUCGGGCGACGCCUGGACGGGAAGGACCAGAAAAGGAGACGGCGAGGAAACGGCCUGAUUCCUGCAGGGCGACGGGAGGGGGUCUUUAGGUCCGUUGGUGCAGCAGAUUUCAAGGCUACGAGAGGAAGACUGCUUCUGAUUCCUGCAGGAAGAAGAAACAGGAAAAAAAAUCUCAAGAUGGAAAAUGUCCCCAAGGAAAGCAAAGGAGAGGAGCAGGUUCCAGUGCAGAAUGAAGAGGCCCACCCUUUGGGAGGUGGUGAAGGCCAAGAACCUGGAGGAAACAUUAGAGGGGAAUGGGCUCCACCUGCCCAGGAUUUUAGAGAGGAUAUGCCCAAUAGGCUUGUCAAUAACAUUGACAUCAUAGAUGGAGAUGCAGAUGAUAUGGAAAGGUUCAUGGAGGAGAUGAGAGAGCUAAGGAGGAAAAUUAGGGAGCUUCAGUUGAGGUACAGUCUGCGCAUUCUUAUUGGAGAUCCUCCUCACCACGACCAUCAUGAUGAAUUUUGCCUUAUGCCUUGAAUGCUGAGGUUAAUAAUUGUAAACCCCCCUGCUUCCCAAACUUGCAUUUUCUUGAUGUACCCUUUACUGUGAACCUUUCGUGUUCUGUCAUUUUUUUGAUUAGAGAUUUAAUUUUCACUUUUGACUUAGUCUGUAAGUUUUUCUGUCAGCAGGGGAGAUUUUAUCAACUUGCAUGGAAAGAUGUCUAUUACAUAUUGUAAAGCUAAUAAAGCAGUUUAGAAAGCAGUC